AGUGCAGGAAACAGCGACAAUUUCAAAGUGGCGAGCUGCUUUACAGUGUGUUUAUAUCGUAGUUUGGAUUGUGACAUUUUCUACAGAUAUUCAAAACAAACUUAUUUUAUAAACCAAUCUGCUGUAGUCUAUGAACGGAGAAAUGCAAAAAAAAAAAAUCAGCAGUGCGAACGCUUUCAAAGUUGGAAAUAAUGUGUGUGUGAGCUGCGUGUGACAACUGAACCGUACAUGCAAACACUUGUCCGCUUGAAUUAACAGAAAAGUGAACAUUAUAAGGAUCGGCGUCUCUUCUGUUUCGAACUGUCAUUCUGUUUUUUCAUUGCAUUUAUAAAAUUCAAAACUUACCCAACGUAAAUUCGAGUGAGCUCAAAAUACAUUGAAGUCUACAUCAACAUUAGACGUAACACUUUCAUCAACAUGGCAGAAGGGAAAUUUGUGCAAACUAGAGCCGACUUUAAUUUGUGUGUUGAAAACAUCAGCAAGUUGAACGAUUUCUCGUCACCACAGGUUAUGGUUCAAGGAAUUCCGUGGAAUUUAUACAUCACGAAAAAUAUGAUGGACAAUGAGGAAUGGCUGUCCGUUUAUUUAUACUGCAAAAAUGGCGACACAUCAUGCAACUGGGCAGUUGCUGCAUCAGUCACCAUUCAAUUGAUUUCAUCUCGUAACAAACUGAACACAAUCGCAAAAGAAAUAGCCCCUUUCUUUUUUGAUUGCAAAUCAAACCGUUUUGGUCUUCCACAGUUCAUUAAAAUCAAAGUCGUCGAUCCAAAUGAUAAAUACGUGAGCAAGCUACAGGUUGAUUUCAAUAAAUGUUGCGAUGAAAGCACUCGAACAACACUGAAGCUGACUGUCAAUAAUAUUGAGAACCUCAUGGCAGUGCGAACACCGGAAUUCGUCUUACAAAAUUUGCACUGGGACUUAACUGUUUUCAAGUAUUCCAGUGGUCUGGGUCUUCGUUUAUCCUGUAAGGAAAUGCCUAGCUCACUAACGAUAAAAUACAAAGCUAAAGUGGACUUUAGAAUUAAAUCGUCAAUCGCAGGAGUACAAGACAUUGAAAAGACUGGAAACACAGAACUCAUACCUGUUCCUUUCAAUCUCAAUAUCUAUAGGAUUAUAUUAUGGGACGAGCUCUUCAAACCAGAAAAUGGAUUCAUCUUUGACAAUUCCAUUGCAUUCGAAGUCAAAAUCAAAGUGGAUAAAAUGGAGGGAUCCACGAAAGUGAACAAACGCCGUGCAUCAAACCCAGCCGAAGCUGAAACAUUGGAAUGCUCGAUUUGCUUCGAAAGCAUGAAAGGCCAAGAGGUAUCAUCAACGAACUGUGGUCAUUUGUUUUGUUCGAAAUGCAUCGAAAAGAUUAUCUGAGCCCGCAGGCUCUACCCGACAUGCAAUACCAAACACAACCUUAACAAGCUGCGUCGUGUUUAUUUGCCAUUCGCAAAGAAAGACUAGAUUUCAUCGUAUAAUUCAACGAAAAUCAUUCUCUCGAAUUCAUGAAAAACUUCAUCUGCAACAGCGGAUGUCAUCGAUCCACCACUCUGAACAGCUGCAAAUACAUCGAUUCACCAAUCAUUCUCAAAAAGUAAAAGUAAAAUUGAAUAAUUUUGAAACCUUCAAAGUUAUUGUCAAUCGAAUUAGCAAAGGAAAUUAUAUUCAUAAGAAUCUUCUUGAAACUGAAGAUCAAUCGAAACAGAAGGAAUUGAAUACUUAAAAUUCAAGUUUUAUAGAAAAAUUAUAAAACAAAUAAUCUUGUGAAAAAUGCAAUAGUUUAUCGAAUAAAAAUGCAAUGGCUCUGUUAUUUCUGGUAA